UUUAUUGCACCACAAAAGAAAGUACUACAUACAUUUCACACAAACUUACAUCAUCUCAAUUCGUUCUUCAAUGCUAUAAAUAUAGUAGCUUGUUAUCCAUCAAAAAACAUCAAACCAAACUAAAAACCAUUAUCUAUCUUAUCUCUCUUUCUUUCUCUUGCUAUAUUCUCUAGCAUUAUUGUACGCACGUACCACCACCACCACCAAUACAAUGGCACAAUCCACAGCAGCCACAACAAAAACAACUCUACGUUUCAACGUUACGAGGCGGGCACCGGAGUUAAUCCCUCCGGCAGUGCCUACCCCGCACGAGUUCAAAGAACUUUCAGAUAUCGACGACCAAGAAGGCCUCCGAUUCCAAAUUCCGGUAAUUCAAUUUUACCGGAACAUGGAUGAUCACUCUGGCGGGUCUGUCCUUAAAGGGCGAGACCCGGCCAGGGUGAUCAAGGAGGCCGUGGCGAAGGCCUUGGUGUCGUACUAUCCCUUCGCCGGGCGGCUAAGGGAGAAAGCAGGGAGGAAACUAGUGGUGGAGUGUAAUGGUAAAGGGAUUAUGUUUAUAGAGGCAGAAGCUGAUGUUAGUCUUGAGGACUUUGGUGAAGCACUUCAGCCUCCUUUUCCUUGUUUGGAAGAGCUUCUUUUUGAUGUUCCUGGUUCUACUACUGUCUUGGAUUCUCCUCUAAUUCUUAUCCAGGUUACAAGACUUAAAUGUGGUGGGUUCAUAUUAGCACUCCGAUUGAACCACACAAUGGCUGAUGCUCCGGGCCUAGUUCAGUUCAUGAAUGCAGUGGCCGAGCUUGCACGCGGCGCACAAUCACCAUCAAUCCAACCAGUAUGGGAGCGCCACCUUCUUAGCGCUCGAAACCCGCCCCGAGUCACCUGUGAGCACCGCGAGUAUGAGGAGAUAGCUGACACUAAAGGCACCAUUAUUCCGCUAGAUGACAUGGUUCACAAGUCUUUCUUCUUUGGGCCAACAGAGAUAGCUGCACUAAGGCGUUUCAUCCCACAACAUCUAAAAUCCUCCACAUUCGAAAUCUUAACCGCAUGUCUCUGGCGUUGCCGCACAAUCGCACUACAACCCGACCCGGAAGAAAUAGUCCGAAUAAUGUGCAUUGUCAAUGCCCGAUCCCUAUUCAACCCAUCUUUACCUUCGGGUUUUUAUGGAAACGCCUUCGCUUUUCCUAUAGCACUUUCAACUGCUGGAAAACUUGCUACAAAUCCUAUUGGUUACGCCUUAGGACUCAUCAAAAAAACUAAGUCUGAUGUCACACAAGAAUACAUGGCAUCACUUGCUGACCUCAUGGUACUCAAAGGUAGGCCCCACUUUACUGUAGUUCGGACUUUCGUGGUUUCUGACGUCACUCGGGCUGGCUUUGCUGAUUUGGACUAUGGGUGGGGCCCACCUGCAUAUGGUGGACCUGCAAAAGGUGGGGUCGGAGCAAUACCUGGAGUUGCGAGUUUUUAUAUUCCCUUUAAAAAUGGGAAUGGAGAUAAAGGGAUUGUGGUUCCUUUAUGUUUGCCUGGAAAUGCUAUGGAGAUUUUUGUUAAGGAGUUGAAUAAGUUGUUGUAUGAAGUUUCGGAGAAUCAAGUUGCAAGUUCCGAAUCUUCCUAUUUUAUUUCUUCUUCUUUGUGAAGAGUUUAUAAGUGGUAAUAGUAUAAAAGUAGUGUAUAAUGUAGCGUGCUUGUUCGAUGUUAUCGGAUGUUAUUGCCAAAUAUGUACUCUAGUAUGUGUGAUCGACGAAUAAAAUGAAACGACCAAUAAAAUGAAGCUACAUGUUUGUUAAAUUGUUAUUA